UUUACGAGAAAAACAAUAGUUGUUUAUCCCAAUAGUGGGGAGGUGUGGGAUGGAAGAGCUAAGAGAUGGAAGCCUUCCGAGUGCUUUGACGAUGACAUGUUCAAAUUGCAUGCAACAAGAUGGCGCGAUUCAGGAGCCAAACUCAUUGGAGGAUGUUGUAGGACAACACCUUCCACCAUUAAAUCCAUCUCCAAGGUCCUUAAAAAGGAAGAUCUUGAACGAUUUUGUUUCUCCACAGGGAAAUUUCAGGUUUGAAAUAGUUGGGACAAGGCUUUGUUGACUGGAGGGUUGAGGAAAUUUAUCAUUCAAAUGAUUGCCUCUCCUCCCCAUCAACCCCCAUCCCAAAAAAGAAGAAAAAAAAAUAAUUAUUGUGGUUUCUGAGGUUAUAUUGUUCAUGAAAAUGAAAACUGUUUUCAGGUACCUUAUUUUGGCAAUAUGAGCAACGGUGAACAACAAAUUUUCUCCAUUGUUAAUAUAUCUUUUCAUCAUACACAAUGUGUAGAUCAAGUAUCC